GGGUUGGAAAGACUACUCUGAUCCAGAAAGUCACUCAAGCUCUAAAAUCCUCAGGCAUUCCCAUUGAUGGAUUUUAUACAGAGGAAGUUAGAGAAGGUGGCAGGAGAACAGGAUUUGAUGUUGUCACUUUGUCUGGAAAACGAGGACCUUUAUCUAGAGUCAGUUCUGAUUCUUCUACUUCAAGACGUGAAUAUCGGGUUGGACAGUAUGUUGUGGACCUUCUUUCAUUUGAGCAAUUGGUUCUACCUAUGCUGAGAAAUAUAAACCAUGGCAGCGAUGCAGAGAAAAAAAUUUGUGUCAUAGAUGAGAUUGGUAAAAUGGAACUCUUCAGCCAGGCUUUUAUUCAAGCUGUUCGUCAAACGCUGACUGGCUCAGGGACCAUGGUGCUUGGAACUAUUCCAAUACCUAAGGGAAAGCCACUGGAUCUUGUUGAAGAAAUAAGAAGUAGGAAGGAUGUUAAAGUGUUCAAUGUUAGUAAGGAAAACCGAAACAGCAUUUUGCAAGACAUCUUGGCAGCUGUGGAAUCCUGCAGAAAAUGAAGACCUUUUCUUGCCUGUAAACACUAAAGCUUUUAUUUUAACAAAACAUCACAACAUUUGGCGGAUAUUUUAGAGUCUGUCCUUCCUGCUUUAGCCCCUGGAGGCUUUACUGGAGCCUUCAGGGUAAGCAAGGUAAAGCUGGUAAUACUCUUUGAAAGCAGCAUUCUUGUUUAUUCAGGUCACAAGCCGAUCCAUUCAAAAAAUUGAACAGAUGCGUAGUUAACAUCCAGUUCUAAUCUGGGUAUUUGGAAGCUGGGUGGUCUGACUCUGA